AUGCAAACUAAAGAAUGGUAUAUAAAUGGACCGGUAGGUGGAAGACUCCCAGAAGUUCCUUAUACUCCCGUUGGGGUAGAAAAGAAGAAAAAGUUAGUAGAAUGUAUCAAGGAAAUAGUGUCAGGUCCCCUUUCGAACCAGACUUGUAAGGAAGAUGCUAUUGUCAGCAACAAAAUCCAUCUUGAUAAAAAAGCCUUUUGUAUUGAAAUGAAUACCAUUUCACUGCAUGAAGGCAUUACAUUCAGUAGUGAUAAAAAGGUUGCAAAAUGUGGCAAAUUGAGUGAAGAGAACAGAAGUUGUGAAGAAGGAGGGCCUGUAGCAAUUAAAAAAAGAUGCAGAGAACAAAAUCAAAAAAGUGGCUCAAUAAUAUUGUGA